AUGACUGAAUCUCCACCAACCGGGGUUCUCUUUGAUCGGGUACACCUUCAACAGGGGCAACGAUACAUAAAGGACGGCAACCUUGCAUUCCCAUGUCAGUCUCCUGUGAAUCCACUCGAUCUCCCAAAGGGGCAAGAGGUGGUUACCGUGCUUGCAAAACAAAACGCCAGGAUUGUACUCGAGUGGGACGAAUCCUUCGUGACCAAGUCAGGGUUUGGAAUACUAUUCCCUGAAGCUGAAGCAAUGAAACUUGUCGCUAAGCAUACCGAUGUCCCCGUCCCCGAAGUGAUUUUUACACAUUUCGAUCCAGUUGAAGAUGUCCCACCUAGCGUCUGCCUCAAGCCCAGUUACCGUCCACCAGAAGGGACGAUCGGGAUGACCAUUGUUCCCGGAAUCACUCUAGAGAAAAAAUGGGACACGCUAGACGACGAGGCUAAAGAGUCGAUUUGUCUUCAACUGUGGAAUCUAACCUCGAAGAUCCGAAAUAUCCCUCGUCCACAAGAGUUAGAGGGAUUAUAUCAGUGUGCGGCGGAUGGCUCUCCAUCCCAGGACCCAAUGCUAGAGGACCUACAAAAACCCGCUCGACCAAUUCUGAACGACUCUGAGCUGCAUGCGAGGAUCUACGAACGGUAUCUUCACUUUGGAGGAAGGCGGUAUGAGAAUCAACUGCUGGAUAUGUUCCCCCUCUCGGAGCGCUCGGUGUUCACGCAUGCGGAUAUUGCACCACGCAAUGUUAUGGUGGACGAGCAGAACAAUGUCACAGGCAUCCUGGACUGGGAAUGGGCAGGGUGGUAUCCCGAGUACUGGGAGUAUGCGCAGAUCAUGCGGCCGGCAUUUUGGGGGGACUUCCAGAACUGGAUGGACAGGACGGCGCCACAGCGGUGGGAUCUAAGGGGAAUAAAUGCUGCCAGGAAGGUUUUGUUUUGA